UGCCUCCAAAAUGGUCGCUGCACUGAUCUUUGCAGGCCUGAACGGGCCCAAAAAUCAGCCCGGGACAGGCUGAGGCUGUAAAUUAAGAGGCCAGCAGGGGGAGGGGGAACCUUUGUAGACUCCCCACAACAGUCUUUAGGAAGCCCCCCAAAGGGGCUACAGGACACCCUAACCACUUGGCAAGAUGUGCAAAGGAUUAGCAGCCUUGCCCCACACAUGUCUGGAGAGAGCCAAGGAGAUCAAGACCAAAUUGGGCACACUCCUCCAGAAGCCUGAUUCGACUAUUGACCUGAUUAUCCCUUACCCAGAGAAGCCCGAGAAGUCAGCAAAGGCCCAAAAGCCUACUCCAGAGGAGGCUUGGCAGUGGCGCAACUCUCUGGAGAAACUCCUUCAAAAUCCCUAUGGACUUGCCAGCUUCCAGAACUUCCUCCAAUCCGAGUUCAGCAAGGAGAACAUUGAGUUCUGGAUUGCUUGUGAAGACUAUAAGAAAAUCAAAUUCCCUGCCAAAAUGGCGGAGAAGGCCAAGAAAAUCUAUGAGGAAUUUAUCCAGAGUGAGGCUCCCAAUGAGGUGAAUAUUGACCAUUUCACCAAAUCUGUGACCAUGAAGAACCUGAUGGAGCCAUCUGUGAGCACUUUUGACCUGGCCCAGAAGAGAAUCUUCACACUGAUGGAGAAGGAUUCCCUGCCCAGAUUUGUGCGCUCCAAUAUAUAUCUGGAGUUAAUCAAGUAGCAAUUUGGCAGAGCUGUGCAAGGAAUUGGCACUUCCCUCCUUAAGGGUCAUUGCUUACUCUGUCUGUAAUCAGUAUUUAUCUUGGUAGUUGCUUUGCUUCAUAUGUAUUCCAAGUUGUUAAAGGCUGUGUUGCUAAAGUCCUGUCCACACUGCUUUGGGGUAUCUGUUGCUCCAAAUGUUUCCCUUUUACCAUUUUCUCCCCAUUUCUGCUCCCCACUCAUUAACAUCACUGUUAACAUCACAUAGAUGGCCAUCCAGUCUCAAGGAGGCUCUAGAUUCUUCUGUCCCUUUGAACUGAGCAGCCCAGAUUGAUGAAUAUUCUAGGAUACACAUAUCUGUUUGAACAGUCUGUCCUAAGAGAAUUAGAGUUUUGAACCUGCAGUUAUCAUCCCAUUAUUACAUGCCAAGCACUGGCUGAAUGGACACAUAAGCAAAGAUAAAGGAGGUUGUGAUGUUUCUUUAAAAGGUAAUGUGCUCUAUAGAAUAAAGGAUCAGACUCACAUAUGUGAUCCUACUAUCUCUUGUAGCCAUGUGGACAGUCAAGACAACAUGAGAGCCCAAUUCAAUGUGACUUUAAACAUGUUGGUUGAUCCCCGAGUGUUGGGUUUUCAUAAGCAGCCAGCAUAGGACCUUUUCAUCAGAAGGUGCCUUUGGGAAAGGAAGAUUUAGAUCUCCCCCCCACCAAAGUCCUGAUCUGGAACACCCUCCCAGGGCCUGUUAUUUCACCCAGGAGGGAAACCAUUGCUGCCAACACAGCAGCUUCCCUCCAAAGAUUCGUAGCAGCUGCAGAACCUCCCGAUCUGGAUUGGGACUGCAGCAGGCAAAAGGUUAAAUCCCCUCCCCAACACUACACCCCUGAUAUGUAUUCCAUAUACCCCCUGCUUGGUUCUAUUCUUUUAAAAAAACUUAGACAUGUUAAAGUUGCAUUUAGUUUGGCCCUCACCUAUAAGCGUUAAAAGGAUGUGUCUCAGCCCAUAGGUACCAUUUGCUUCUAACUGAGGUCUGUUCACACACUACCAUGUCAACACUGGGGCGGUUCCGAUGAACAAUGGCUCCAUAGCAGCCCUAGAUGUGAUAAUGUCAGGGCUGCUGGCACGAAUGCACCCUUGCCCCCCGACAUCACUCAAGGAUGUGCCAAUGCGACUGUGACAUGUCCUUCAAUUGCAUGUGAAGGGUGCCCCUCACACACAAUUAAAGAACAUGCCGUGGGUUGGCACAUCCUUGAGUGACACUGGGAUGGGUGUGCGCGUGUUAGUGGCCCUGAUGUUAUCACAUGUAGGGAUGCUCUGGGGCUAUUUUUCAAACGAACCAACGCAUUUUAACUUUCAGAAAGGUAGUUUUCCUACAGCAGUUUCUUCUGGCAAAUAUGUUGUUUGAAUACACCCUUGUUAAAGUGAAGGUGGGCAUUUUCUAUACCAUAGUGAACUAAUGAAUACUAAUCUUCAAUACCAGGAAGUUUCUCAAGUUCUCGGUCGCUUGAUGGGUCAUGUGUUGUGCAGACCUCCUCUGCUGUAAAGAAGGCCAAAGAGACACGAGUCAUUUUUCAGACAGUGGCUGAUGAUUCUCUGGCACAUUGUGCUGGAGUUAAGAGAAGGGAUUUGCAAUGAUGCCAUCUAGCAGUGACUAACACAUUUCCAUUUGAAGAGAGAAGUAAAUCCAAUCAUUCCCACCCAAACAGUGUGACUUAUUUAGCAAUCUAGGCCCUCAUAUCUGCUUUCAUUUCCUGCAUUAGAUGUUUCGAGAGAAUAAUUUCCAUAAUGGCCCUACAUAGCCUCCAGUGCCUUUGCACAGCCUCAUGUAAUACUCCUGAAGUGUUCUUUUCUCUUCACAGUUGUGUGUGUGAUUAAAAUACUUGUGGUGAAGUUUUGUCCUCUUAACCCUCUCUGUAGCAGGUCUCCUAAAAUGAUAUUUCAGCCCGUGCCUUUAGCUUCCUGAUUAAAAGGUUACUGGAAUACAUGUAAUACCAUCUUCUAGGAAUUUCUUCCUGGGUAGAGUACAUCGAAAUGAAUGGGAAAUGCUCCUGAAUGCAUGCAGUUUCUUCUGGCAAAUAACGUUGUUUGAAUACACCCUUGUUAACGUGAAGGUGGGCAUUUCCAUAUAUUCAGCAGGGGAGAGGGACACACAUCCAGUUCCCCAUCUCAAACAGAUGAUCAGUGCUCUUCAGAGUAACUAGCCAUGGGCUACAGACGAGUGAGAGACCUGGCUGGUGGAUCCAGUUGGUGGAGAAUUGUGCAUGCAUUCAGCAUCUGUUUGUGUGUGCACAGGGCUGCUAUUUGGAUCGUGGUGCAUGAGCAGAAGGACAGCAAGGCCGUAUGGUUUGCUCUUUUGUCCAGCACUAUGUUGGAACUUGGCAUGGUUAUCUGCAGUGCUCUCAGGGCUGUCCUUAGGGCAUGGUGAGGAGGGCGGCUGCCCUGGGCCCUGCUCUUUUAACCCCCAUUAGAAUUAACUGGAGGGGGGCCCCACACUGGCUGAUUUGCCCCGGGCCCCACACCCCGCCAGGGCUCUCUAAGGACAGCCCUGAGUGCUCUCAUCCCACUUUAGUCUGCUCUUGUCAGCUGAGAGGCUUCAAGGACAGGGAAGGUUGGAAUUUUGAGAGAGAAGUGUUGAAUGUACUUCUAAUAUUUCUUAGAAGGUUUUUGAAAUGAAAAUUACUUAACUGUUUGCUUAUUUUCCAAAACUCUCACGCAAUUGCUAAGAUGCCAAUAUGAUCCCAAAAUUUAAAUCCUUUUUUUGUUUAAUUUUUGCAAUCAAACACUAACCCUUUCACAUUUGAAAUGAAAUUUCACAUUUCUCACAUUUCAGAGAGCUGUGGCAAGAUUUAAUAUUUUUCAUAUACAUGAAAAUUUAUAUUUUCAAAUCUAAAUUUUGCAAAUCUAAAUUUUAUAAAUGUAAUUUGUGCUUAAAAGAUUUGUUGAGUUCUAGAUAAACACCACAGGGCGGAGUUAACAGGGUUACUAAUGCACACUUUUAAGAUACAGAUAGAAUGAUUUCUCUCCAGACAGACAUGGACAUCUCAUAGGUUAAAGCCAGUCUCAGCCAAGAUAAGAUGUGCUUGUCUGCUUUGAUUGAAAGCGUUUCAUCUCACUACAGUGUGCAGGUGACAGGUGCCAAUACUACACAAACAGAUGUUAAUGUCUAGCCUGUCCUGACCUGUGUUUUCAGCUGAUUAAUUUUCACAGGAAUGUCAUCAGGAAUGUCAUUCUCUAUCACUCUUUAUAGAUAGGGGAAACGAAAGAUGAAUUAUAUGCUUUUGCAUUUCUACCAUUCAUUACAGUGAAGCUUGCACAGGGAGAAUUUCCUGGGAGAUUGUGCCCAAGCCCUAUUACUUCUGCACAGAUACAAAAGUAGAACGUAAAUUAAGGUCCAUCAAGUACAAAAUGUUUAUAAGCAGCCCUAAUAAAUAUGUAACAUUUCCCCAUAUAUAGGAUUGUCAGUUCUAGGAAUCUGACUGAACGUUUCAGGGUUUUAGCCUAGUUUGCAGGAACUCUUGGGAAGGACUCAAAUUCUACGGUGAGAGGAGAGAAUGAAGGGAACAGACUGAUUUCCACUUCGCUUUAGAAGUUUUGCCAUUUGCUCAACCCCGUCCUCGAGGCAGCAGGCACAGUCAGGCUCUGCUUCCUGUCCCAACAGGUGUGGCACCUCUGCUGUCCCCAGGUAGCACCCAUUUCCACUCUGCCCCUCCAUCCCCCUGAACUGCCAGGCACUUAACUCUCAGGCUCCCUGAGGCUCCGGUCUACCCAAAGGACAUCACUACACAGGAAUUACAUAGCUUUUCAAAUGUAGAUUUGGUACUAUUAAAUGUACCUAAGGCACAUGGAGGUGGGAAACUCUCAUCAGCUUGAUUGUCAUCUCCAGUUUUCUUAAAUUGCUCAAUAAACAAUUUCUGCUCCUUUAAGUUAUUAAUACAUACUGUUUGGCCUUUAAAGAACACAUCCAAUUUGAAAGGAAAUCCCAAGUGGUAACUACUCUCAGACGGAGUUGACAUGAUUUAAUAAUAUUUUUCUGGGGAAAGAUCUGACAGUGGGUGAUGAUUAAUUAAUCCCGGGGUCUGAUUUCGGCCAAUGGCUUAGCCUGGGCCAUCAGUCUUCUCCUAAUGUGUGCAUUUGCUGGGGAUAUAACUUUGUGGGAAAGCCUGGCUUAUCCCCAAGGAUCCUUUUUUGGGAACGCACUCUUCCUAGAGAUGCCAGUAACACAGUCCAUCAAGAUGUUUCUGUCCUCAACACAGCAUUUCCAGUUCCCGGUCAGUUGUGAGGAAUGAGAGAGCCUGCAUAGCGGCUGCUUGGUGUGGGCCUGUUCUGCAUCUCUAGUCAUCUCUGAGGUUAUAAAAAGCCUGUUGACAUGCUUAACGCACCACUCCAAUCUCUUGGAUUCUGAAAAGAGACCCCAGAGAGAUACCCUGUGCCAUGCAGUGAAACAAAUAAAGGCUUAAACAAACCUACUAUGUAAGCACACUCCUGAAAUAGUUAUACUUGGUUUCCAUGCAGCGUAAACAUAUAAUGAUGGGUGAGAGCUGGCUUUUCCAGGGGUGGGGUGAGGACUUUUGCAAAUCGAUUUUUAUUCACCCCACCCCACCCUACCCCAAGCAGACAUUCAAAAAACCUUUUCAUCCUGAGAACAAGGGUUCUGUGUGGUGUUUUUGUGGAUGUUUCUCUGGAUGGGAGAUAAUAUACGGGGCCAAUUUCUCUCUAGAAUGGGAAAUAUUGGCUGACAUGAUGAGGAAAAUGACUCAAAGUAAUCUCAUUGAAAUUAAAAGGACAAGUUAUUGCCUAACCUGGCCUUUUAAUUUCAGUGGGACUACUUUGAAUAAUUUCCCUCACAUCAGCCAAUAUCUCAAAAUGGAAAAUAUUGUCUUCCAGAUCUAAAAAUGGAAAAUAUGGUCUUAGAUAUGUUUUGUCUCUUGAAGGAGGCUCAGGGCUUUGGAGUCCUUUCUGAUGUCCAGUUUGCAUCAGAACAUGAUAUGGAUGGGGAGCCAAUCACACUGACUGUCCCUGUUCAUUAUUACAUUCCCCCCAUUGGCCACUGUAGAUCCUGGCCCAUCCUGAGUAGAAAGCAAUUUGAUUGGGACUGGAUUGUGUUGCAUUCAGAGUAACCUGGAGAAGUUUGGGUCAGUUGUUGACAAGUCAAAAAUCUCCUCUUUUCGGAAAUGGCCUGGAUUAGUUCAAACUAGGCUAGACAAAACAGGGCAGGCUCAACGUCUUGAGCAGCUUCAGCCUUUUGCCGUCUAGAACUGAAGGGAAAUACAUAGGAAAGAAAGAGGGGCCCUGUCCAAUGUUUUGCAGAGUAGUUUCCACAGCUCCUGUGGGUCUUUCCCCUCACAAAUAGAAAGCAGUGAUUAGAACUGGAUCAAUGGUGGUUGGGUCCAGUCAGUCAUCUAAGGAUGGAACAGCAAUCCAAAUCUAAGAGAUCCCCUAUGCAAGUGUUUCUCAAGUGAACCUAGUUUAUUGCAAACCACUUCAUACCAUGGAAAUUCUGUCAAACAUAAAACUUGCAGUAUUUCUGAUAAAGUUCAGGAGUGCGACAUACUCACACCCCACUGAAUUUUUCCAGCAUGCAAAUAAGCAGGGUGGGAAAUGCAGAAAUAUUGUUUAUUUUGGAGCCUGCUACAGAGAUAGUGAUAUUGUGACUAAUUUAUCCUACUUUUAUUAUUAAGUGAUACAUGUUAGUAGUACUAUAUUUAUGUUCAUUAUAUUUCUCCAUUAUUUCAUACAGGGGGAUGUUAUGUAAAUGUUAUGAGCAGAAUCCGCACAUGGGAAAUGUUAUGGGCAGAAUCUACUUAAAACUUCUCCUGCACAAGGCCCAUUAGAAUGACAUCUGUGCAAAUUGUGCUCUUCUGAGAAGUCAGUAUUCCACUGGGGCCUGAGCAGGAGACAUUCUCAGUUGGUCUUGCCUUCUGAUUGUUUUGUCUGAGUUCCUAGGGUUAGUAUAUAUAUUAUAUAUAUCAGAAUGCAGUAAUUGUGAUAUGAAUUGCACAUAGACUGCAUGGCUGCAAGUCAUGGACGCAAGAUGAGAAAAGUAUUUACUCAGCAUUUUAUCCACUAUGAAAUAAAGUGUGUCUCACUGUU